AUGCAGCUAGAGCCGUGCCUGUCGCCCCCGUCGAUGAUGCUUUCCAAGAGGUUCCUGCACGCUGGCGGCGGCGGCGGCGGCGGGGCUGCUGCUGCUGCGUAUCCUCCCUCGGCGGGCGGCUCCGAGCUGGCCCUCCACGAGCAUCCCCACCAUCCCCACCACCAUCCCCACCACCUGCACCACCCCGCCGCCGCCGCCCUCCUCUCGGCGACGACGGCUGACAACCUGGAGCGGAGUUCACCUCUCAAGAAACUCGCCAGGGGGGGGAUGACGAAUCAGGCCGAGGCGGACGAUUUCCCUGACUCCAAGGACCCGCCAGGGGACCAGCAGCGCGCCAAACUCUCGCCCGUCGUCGUGGACGGCGGCGGCGGCCCCCAGCAGCUCCGGCCCGCCUUCGAUGGAGCGGCCGCCGCGGGAGCAGCAGGAGCAGCAGCAGCGGCGGCGGCGGCUGUGGCGGAUCGGUACCUGCUCUCGCCGGCGGCCGCCUCUUCGUCGUCGUCCUCGUCGUCCUCUUCGUCCAUGUUCCCCUACCCGGGCCAGCACAACCCGGCGGCCGCCUUCUCCAUCGCCAGCCCCGGCCGCUACAUGGCGCACCACCCGGUGCUGGCCAACGGAGCCUACAACAGCCUGCUCUCGAACUCGGCGCCGCAGGGCUACCCGGCCGCCGGCUACCCCUACCCGCAGCAGUACGGGCACUCCUACCAGGGCGCGCCCUUCUACCAGUUCCCCUCUGGCGCCCAAGCCGGCCUGGUCCCCGGCAAGGCGCAGGUCUACCUCUGCAACAGGCCCCUCUGGCUCAAGUUCCACCGGCACCAGACCGAGAUGAUCAUUACCAAGCAAGGCAGGCGGAUGUUCCCUUUCCUGAGUUUUAACAUCUCCGGCCUGGAUCCCACGGCUCACUACAACAUCUUCGUGGACGUCAUCCUGGCGGAUCCGAACCACUGGCGCUUCCAAGGCGGCAAGUGGGUGCCCUGCGGCAAGGCCGACACCAACGUGCAAGGGAACCGCGUCUACAUGCACCCGGACUCGCCCAACACCGGAGCCCACUGGAUGCGCCAGGAGAUCUCCUUCGGCAAGCUCAAGCUGACCAACAACAAGGGCGCCUCCAACAACAACGGGCAGAUGGUGGUCUUGCAGUCCCUGCACAAAUACCAGCCCCGCUUGCACGUGGUGGAGGUGAACGAGGACGGCACCGAAGACACCAGCCAGCCCGGCCGCGUGCAGACCUUUACUUUCCCGGAGACCCAGUUCAUCGCCGUCACCGCCUACCAGAACACCGAUAUCACACAGCUGAAGAUCGACCACAACCCCUUCGCGAAAGGCUUUCGAGACAACUACGACACGAUCUACACGGGCUGCGACAUGGACCGGCUGACCCCGUCGCCCAACGACUCGCCUCGCUCGCAGAUCGUGCCGGGCGCCCGCUACGCCAUGGCGGGCUCCUUCUUGCCGGACCAGUUCGUCAGCAACUACGCCAAGGCGCGGGGCUUCCACCCCCCGCACCACCACCCGGGCGCCGGCGGCGGCGGGGCGGGCGUGGGGCCGGGCGGGCCGGAGCGCGGCGUGGCGCCCCCCAACGGCCUCCUGUCGCCGCAGCAAGCCGAGGAGCCCGGCGCGCCCUCGCCCCAGCGCUGGUUCGUCGCGCCGUCCAACAACCGGCUGGACUUCACCGCCUCGGCUUACGACCCGGCCGGCGAGCUGGCGGGCAACGCGGCCACCCUGCUGUCCUACGCGGCGGCCGGCGUCAAGGCGCUGCCCCUGCAGGCGGCCGGCUGCACGGGGCGCCCGCUGGGCUACUACCCGGACCCCUCGGGCUGGGGCGCCCGCAGCCCGCCCCAGUACUGCGCCAAGUCCCUUUCCUGCUGGGCCAACGGCGGCGCGGGCGGCGGCCGGGCCGGGGCCAACCCCUACUUGCCCGUCGGGGCGGGCGGCGGCGGCGAAGAGCCCGACGGCCUGGCGGCCCCCGAGCGCUCCCCCCUGGUGGCGCCGCCGCCCCCUCCGCCGCCGCCGGCCGAGGACUCCAAGCCGCCCAAGGACCUGUCCGACCCCAGCUGGAUCGAGACCCCCUCGUCCAUCAAGUCCAUCGACUCCGGCGACUCCGGGAUUUACGAGCAGGCCAAGCGCCGGCGGCUCUCCCCGGCGGGCACCCCGGCGUCCGAGAGCUCCUCGCCGCUCAAGAGCGAGCCCCCCCUGGCGCCCCGGGACUGCGACAAGCCCUGCGCCAAGGACGUCGGCUACUACGGCUUCUACGCGCACAGUUAAGGGGGCCGCCCUCCCACCGCGGGGAGGGAGGGGAGGGGGAGGAAGAUGAGGAGGAGGACAGGGGAGGCCCCGCCCUCGACCACGCCCCACCGCCCCGCCCUCUUGCCCCUCAGAGUCCCUUG